ACGUAACCCCGUGACACUCGCAGACUAGCAUUAAAACCUAAUUAGAAGGACAGUCGGUGCACAGGGAAUCCCAGCAUCCUUCAGUGAGGGCUCGAGGCUGGCUCGGUCUAGGACAGAGCACGGCCAGGACCUGGUGGCAGUCGGUCUAACAUUGCCGGAGGUUCGACUGAACGAAGAUGACCAAGAUGGAGUGGUCUGCAGUCUUAUUAGUCUUUCUGUCCACGAUCAUGUGCACGACGGCAUUCGACAGCGACUGUCCAAUAGGCGACGCCGAAAUCUGCUCGACCGUUAUGUCAAACCAGCUGAACAUCACCGAAGUGAGAGGCGAAAUGGAUCAAGUUCUCGCAGACAUCAAGGACGAGCUUCGGAAAAACAGAGAGGACAUGAAGGAGCUCAUGGUCCACUUACAAAGGGACACAGCCCAGGAGGCUUUGAAAAUCGAAGAGCUCGCCAAAUGCCAGACACAGACCAGUGAGAAUGUCGAAGUCAGAUCGAAGCUCGAGACUAAGAAGAAGGAACUCAUGAAGGAGACGCAGAAGAAGUUGGACGCCCGCAACCAGUUGCAGGAGGAAGUGGAGUCCCUGAAGCAGAGGAAGGAAGCGGCCGCCUCCCUAGAAGAAGAUCCAGUGCCUGAAGGGUCAGAUCAAGAGUCGAGAGGAGCUGAUCGCUAA